GGGCUCCGGCCCCCGGCCUGCCAGCCGCUGCCGCCGCCCGCGGUCUGAGGAGCCGGAGGCGCGGGGCUGGGAACUCCGAGGAACGUGGACCGCAGCUCACCCUGAGCAGUUGCGAAGGCGUCGGCAGCCCCAUUUGCAGGUCCCCUGCCCUCCGCCGGGACGCGGGAAAGCCCGGCGCGCGGCGGGGGCGCGAGGUGGGGCUGGCGGGGGCGGCCAAUGCGAAACUGGCUGGUGCUGCUGUGCCCGUGCGUGCUCGGGGCCGCGCUGCACCUCUGGCUGCGGCUGCGCUCCCCGCCGCCCGCGCGCGCCUCCGCCGUCCACCCCGCAGAUCAAUUGGCCCUAUUUCCUCGAUGGAAAUCUAGUCACUACGAUGUGGUAGUUGGUGUGUUGUCAGCCCGCAAUAACCAUGAACUUCGAAAUGUGAUAAGAAGCACCUGGCUGAAACAUUUAAUACAACAUCCCACACUAAGUCAACGUGUGCUCGUGAAGUUCAUAAUAGGUGCUCGUGGCUGUGACGUGCCUGUGGCGGACCGCGAAGACCCUUAUUCCUGCAGACUGCUCAACAUCACGAACCCAGUUUUGAAUCAGGAGAUCGAGGCGUUCAGUUUUUCUGAGGACACGUCAGCGGGGCUCUCUGAGGACCGAGUCGUCAGCGUGAGCUUUCGCGUUCUCUACCCGAUCGUUAUCACCAGCCUCGGGGUGUUUUAUGAAGCCAGCGAUGCAGGCUUCCAAAGGAACAUCACUGUCAAGCUUUAUCAGGCAGAACGGGAGGAGGCCCUCUUCAUUGCUCGCUUCAGUCCCCCGAGCUGCGGUGUGCAGGUGAACAAGCUGUGGUACAAGCCCGUGGAGCAGUUCAUCCUACCCGAGAGCUUUGAAGGUACAAUCGUGUGGGAGAGCCAAGACCCCCAGGGCCUUGUGUCAAGAAACCUCCACCAAGUGACAGUAAAUGAUGGAGGAGGAGUUCUCAGAGUCAUUACAGCAGCAGAGGGUGCGUUGCCUCAUGAAUUCAUGGAAGGUGUGGAGGGAGUCGCAGGUGGUUUUAUUUAUACUAUUCAGGAAGGCGAUGCUCUCUUACAAAACCUUCAUUCUCGCCCUCGAAGACGCAUUGAUCAUAUAAGUAAUCUCCACGAGGAAGAUGCCUUACUGAAGGAGGAAAGCAGCAUCCACGACGAUAUCAUUUUUGUGGAUGUCGUCGACACUUACCGAAAUGUUCCUGCAAAGUUGUUGAAAUUCUAUAAAUGGACUGUGGAAACAACCAGCUUUGAUUUAUUGCUGAAGACAGAUGAUGACUGUUACAUAGACUUGGAAGCUGUAUUUAAUAGAAUUUCCCAGAAGAACCUGGAUGGACCUAAUUUUUGGUGGGGAAAUUUCAGGUGGAAUUGGGCGGUGGACCGGACGGGGAAGUGGCAGGAGCUGGAGUACCCCAGCCCCGCGUACCCUGCCUUCGCGUGCGGGUCGGGGUAUGUGGUGUCCAGGGACAUCGUCCACUGGCUGGCCAGCAACGCGGGGAGGUUGAAGACCUAUCAGGGUGAAGAUGUAAGCAUGGGCAUAUGGAUGGCGGCCAUAGGACCCAAACGACACCAGGACAGCCUGUGGCUGUGUGAGAAGACCUGUGAGACGGGAAUGCUGUCGUCCCCGCAGUACUCUGCACGGGAACUGACCGACCUCUGGAGACUGAAGGAGCUGUGCGGCGACCCUUGCCAGUGCGGAGCACGACGGCGAUGAUUUUAAGGCGCGGCGGUUAAAGGUCAGGGGAGGCGGUGACGACCUGCGCGUGGAUCCAGGGAAAGCCGCGGUUCGGCAGUGACCGCGUGGUCUCCGGAGCGCUCUAGGCUGGCACCCCCAUAACCAGUGUGGUCGUUCUUAAUGUUUGCACAGGUUUUCCUUUAAAAACCAACCCUGAUGCUGUAGCAUAUGAAAAAUUUAUGUAUUCAAAGAUUUGAAAAACACCAAAUAGUUUAUAAAAGAAAAAAAUAUUUCUAAAUCCUGAUGCAUCAUUUCCAGUUAGAAUUCAUUACCUAUCAGUUUUGGUUAAAAUUUGGUUUGUUCAGAAAUCUUUAGUAACAAAGUUGGGAUUUCAUCCUGCAUUGCAGAACGGCUUCAUGCAGCGUAAUUAUGGUGGUUAAUGUGGGCCAAAACCACCCCACAGCGGUGCUGCGACCGUGUGACCGCCCGUGCGACCGCCCGUGCGCAGCGGUCACUCAUACCAAAGUCUGGGGUUUCUGGAAAUAAUGUCACUUCCUGUGGAUGUCUGAAUGAAGCGGGCAGCUUAAACUUGGAAAACAACCAAUUUAAUUCUCAGUUCUGGACCUUGGUUUUAAAGUUCUUUUAAUAUUUAGUGGACUAAUGCACGUUUUCUUUUGCCAUUUCACAUAAAUCCUAAAAGUCACAAUUUAGUACUCCUAUUUAAAAAUGCUAAGUUUUUGUGAAUAUAAAUAAAAUCAAAUACUUCUCAGGGUUUUAGUGCCAUAGGGGAGGACAUUUCUGAAUAGCUGACACUUUGAAAGAAUUUCACUUUCCUCCUGCAGUGACAGCACCUAAGGUUUGCCUGCUGCAGGUGGAUUUCAGCCGGUGCUAGUCAUCUUGUGUAGACAGCUGGAGGCUCAGUUUCGACACAGCUGUCGGGGAAAGCAUGUAAUUUCUCUAAGCACUGUAAACAGUGCAACUGAGAGAGGUCGCAGCAUGUACGGUGUGCACAGUGGAGGGCGUGUCUCCCUAAAUGGCCGACCAAAUCAUUGUAACCUUCUCAACUCGUAGUAUCAAUAGAGAAUCCCAUGGAAACUGGUCUAGUGAGAGACAGUAACUGUGUUCAGGUUUUAUUAGACGAGCUAGGUUUUAUUUAAUAUUGAAAUCAUCACAUAAAAAAAUGUAGUCAUGAACUAGAAAUACGAAAUAAAAUCAGAAAAACGUUAGCAGGUACAAAGCCUUUAUUAUUACUAUUAUAUACAAGCCUAGAAAUGGUCUCUUCCUAAUGAAAAGUACCACCUUUUCUAUACUUAGAGCAAGUUAUAAAACCUUUUUUUCCUUUGAAAGUAGAAGUUAUUCCAAUAAACCAUUUAUUUUGAGUGAACCCCAGUCACAAUAACAGUCUAGUCUCCGAGCUUCAUUAGUUGGCCGUCACCAUCGCGCUAACAGACAAUCUCCACUCUCUACAGAGUAAAACUGUAAUGACUGUUGGUCAUUUUCUAGUUCAAUCUCUCUGCCCGGCAUCUAAAAUUAGAACAAAGGGUUGAAGGCAAUUAAGGCAGAUAUGGCAAAGCAUGUUAUGUGCCCUCCCCCAAAGCAGACGUGUGGUCUCCAUUUAGAAUCCGUUCUGUAGGGACUUGGAUUAAUAGCACAUCACGCUGUGGGAGCUAAGCUUGACUGUCUUCCCGGGCAACUUACUUUGGGACUCUCGUAGGACAACAGAAGGUCUGACACAGGAACUUUGAGAAGACGUGACAGCAGUCCUUUCACCUUAUGAAUUGUCAUGGAGUCUGUCAGAGAAAAGAAAAACCAUCAGGUCUCUCAAAUGAGAGUUCACUGUCAAACUAGAUCAGAGUACAAGACCACAGCUGCAGUGACAAUGGAAACUGUCCCUUCAGUGCCGAGCUCCCUGCGCAAACGAGUGGGCAGAAGCACAUGGACCACACUGCACGGCACUUGAUUCGAGUCCCUGGGAAACGGUGCCAGGUUUGCCCUAAGUGCCCUUUGACCGUGCGUUGUCACACCAUUUCGGUGGUGGCGGGUACUUCCUCCUUAAUCCAAUAAACCCAAAUCACAGUCUCUGCACAGAGGAAUAAAUGCGAGUAAAGUCAUUAACUGCUCUUUUUAAAUCUUUGAUUACUUCUGACUUCACUACAAGACCACGGAGUAGGGCUCUCAAGCCCUCUGGCCUUAGUUUCUCCUGGUCAAGAGCGAGGUAAACUACAUGGUCUACCAGGUCCCUUCCAGCGCAAACAGCCGGCAGUCACUACAACGUGUCAUUGUGUCUGACAUGCGUGCUGGUGACCAUCAAGCAUGGGAAUAUAAGUUAAUGAGUAAAUGCUUCGGUCUGUUCAGAAAACACUAUGAACUUUUCUCCAAAGAUGAGCUGUGGUAAAUGUUGGCUAUUUUAAUUAUGAGAAAUAUAGUUUCUUUGAAGCUUUAGCGGGAGGUACAGCAAUAGUGUGGUGUUCCUACAAAUAUCACAUGGAGUCAAAUAUUUUUCUAUCAAAAAUCAUUUUGUAAAAGCUGUCUGUGUUUUUAUGCAACUUGUAAUAAUAAAUGUUCUCUAUUUUAGAAAAAAA